CUAUCAUAAACAGGAAGUGUGUCUGCAGACUUGUCGUACUCUCUUUCAGUGUGUUUUACUGUGUUUUAAGUCCAGCAGCUGCAGAAACGUCGUGCGGAUCUCUGAAACAUGGCUAUAGAAGCGUGGUUCAUGGACAGCUCGGAAGAAGACCCGAAAAAGCCGCACAGACUGGAGCCGAACCAGUCCGUGUCUGUGGACCAGUUAAGGGAGCUGGGGGUCUUUUCAUGGAAGCUGAACGCCGACAUCCAUGAGAACGACCCCGAGCUGGAAAAGAUCAGAAAAGAUCAAGGCUACUCCUACAUGGACAUAAUCACUAUUCACAGGGACACACUACCUGACUACGAUGAAAAGUUGAAGGUUUUAUAUUCAGAGCAUCUGCACCUGGACGAUGAGAUCCGCUACAUCCUGGAUGGCCACGCCUACUUUGACAUCAGGGACAAACAGGAAAGGUGGAUCCGCAUCUUCUUGGCCAAGGGGGACCUGAUUACACUCCCUGCUGGCAUCUACCACCGCUUCACCCCGGAUGAGACCGAGUACACAAAAGCCAUGAGGCUGUUUGUCGGGGAGCCGGUGUGGAAAGCUUACAACCGGCCUGCGGAUGAGUUCGAGAUCCGUCAGAAGUACGUGGCUUCUCUGCAGGGAUCCUGAGAGAGCGAGAGCUGCAACACUAAACAUUCAUGUGAACUACAGAGCAGAUUCCAUACGAACACCGAGCGCAGUAGAAUAAGAGUUUCUCAUGUGAUUCUGCAGAGACAAAAAAAAGUAGAUUUAUAAUGAAAAAUAUUUUUACAUGUGGAUCAUUUAAAGAUCUUCUAUAGCAGAGAAGACGUCAUUUUCUCUUUUUAGUUAGAUUUGACAUUUCAGUGGGUAAACUACACGUUUAUUCAUGUUACUGACAUUUUCUUUGACGAUUUCUACUAUGUACUUACAUAAAUAAUUAGUUCUCCAUUAAAAGGCUUUAUUCAAAUUGUA